AGAUACUGAAGUAAGAAAUUUACUUAAUAUAAGUGGAUCUUCAACAACCAUAAGUGUAAGAGACCUUCUGGAAAUUCGAUUUCCAGAAAUAGAAUUUCCAGUCAUAGAAAUUCCAGAUAGCUCUAUGCAAUUUGAUACUAGUAGUUCUGAAAAUGAAUCAGUUAUUUCUUCAUAUGAAGAAGAAUAUAAUUUUAUUACUAAGACACAGCCCAAAAAAGGAAAAAAAUCUGGUAAUGGAGAGAAAAGGAGCACUCCAUUAUCUAUAGAAUUCAUCGAAACCUU